AUGACGGGUGUGGGCCCAGUGCCUCGGAACCGGCCACCGGAGGGCCAGCGGAGGCGGCGUUGUGCAGACAUUGAUCUUCGUAAAGGUUUUUCAGGGGGCACCUGCUGCGUCCUCUCGGGCAAGGCGCCCGGCCCCGGGGAUGUGCUGCUGGAGGUGAACGGGACGCCUGUCAGCGGGCUCACCAACCGGGACACCCUGGCUGUCAUCCGCCACUUCCGCGAGCCCAUCCGUCUCAAGACCGUGAAGCCCGGCAAAGUCAUUAACAAAGAUUUGCGACAUUACCUGAGUCUUCAGUUUCAGAAAGGAUCGAUUGACCACAAACUGCAGCAAGUGAUCAGAGAUAAUCUCUACUUGAGAACCAUUCCGUGCACCACAAGGGCCCCCAGAGAUGGGGAAGUGCCAGGGGUGGACUAUAAUUUCAUUUCUGUUGAACAGUUCAAAGCACUGGAAGAGAGUGGAGCAUUAUUAGAAAGUGGAACGUAUGAUGGAAACUUCUACGGGACUCCCAAGCCUCCAGCAGAGCCCAGCCCUUUCCAGCCCGACCCUGUGGACCAGGUCCUCUUUGAUAAUGAGUUUGACCCCGAAUCCCAAAGGAAACGGACCACCUCCGUCAGCAAGAUGGAGAGGACGGACAGCUCUCUCCCCGAAGAGGAGGACGAUGAGGACAGGGAAGCCGUUAAUGGCACUGGACAUGCAGAAAGCAGAGAGAGGCAUUCUGAGUCAUCGGAUUGGAUGAAGACCGUCCCGAGUUACAACCAAACCAAUAGCUCCAUGGACUUCAGAAAUUACAUGAUGAGAGAUGAGAAUCUGGAACCGCUGCCCAAAAACUGGGAGAUGGCCUACACUGACGCAGGGAUGAUCUACUUCAUUGACCACAAUACCAAAACGACCACCUGGCUGGACCCUCGCCUUUGUAAGAAAGCCAAAGCCCCCGAGGACUGUGAAGACGGAGAACUUCCUUAUGGCUGGGAAAAGAUAGAGGACCCUCAGUAUGGGACAUACUAUGUCGACCACCUUAACCAGAAAACCCAGUUUGAGAACCCAGUGGAGGAAGCCAAGAGGAAAAAGCAGUCAGGACAGGCUGAUACGGGGCCUUCCAAGCCAGACACAGAAAAGUCCCACUUCACGCGGGAUCCGUCCCAGCUGAAAGGCAUCCUGGUCCGGGCAUCACUGAAAAAAAGCACCAUGGGCUUCGGUUUUACCAUCAUCGGAGGAGACAGGCCUGACGAGUUCCUGCAGGUGAAGAACGUGCUGAAAGACGGCCCUGCCGCUCAGGACGGGAAAAUUGCACCAGGCGAUGUUAUUGUCGACAUCAAUGGCAGCUGCGUCCUGGGCCACACCCACGCAGAUGUGGUCCAGAUGUUCCAGCUGGUGCCCGUCAGUCAGUACGUAAACCUCACCUUGUGUCGCGGUUACCCGCUCCCGGACGACAACGAAGACCCUGCCGUGGACAUGGUCGCUGCUACUCCCGUCAUCAACGGACAGUCACUGACCAAGGGCGAGAACACUCAGGAGUUUAAGUCGGGGGCGAUGGCUCUGGACCAGAAUGGAAAGCCGGGGCAGGUCCUGGUCGGUGACCGUCUCAACGGGCCGUCGGACGCGAGCGAGCAGCGAGCGUCCAUGGCAUCCUCGGCCAGCUCCCAACCCGAACUCGUGACUGUCCCUCUGAUCAAGGGCCCUAAGGGCUUUGGGUUUGCGAUUGCUGACAGCCCCACCGGACAGAAGGUGAAGAUGAUCCUGGACAGUCAGUGGUGCCCGGGCCUCCAGAAGGGGGACGUCAUUAAGGAAAUCUACCACCAGAACGUGCAGAACUUGACGCACCUCCAAGUGGUCGAGGUGCUGAAGCAGUUCCCAGUGGGCGCGGACGUGCCCCUGCUCAUCCUGCGAGGAGGUCCUCCUUCACCCACAAAAACUGCCAAAAUGAAAAUGGAUAAAAAGGAGCAUUCGGGAAGCUCAGAGGCCGUGAAUGAGCCCGUGCCGCAGCCUCUGCCCUUCCCACCCAGCAUCGUCCGGUCCGGGUCCCCCAAGCUGGACCCCUCGGAGGUCUACCUGAAGUCCAAGACUUUAUAUGAAGAUAAACCGCCAAACACCAAAGACUUGGAUGUUUUUCUCCGGAAACAGGAAUCGGGGUUCGGCUUCCGGGUGCUGGGAGGAGACGGCCCUGACCAAGCUAUCUACAUCGGGGCCAUCAUCCCGCUGGGCGCCGCCGAGAAGGACGGCCGGCUGCGUGCGGCCGACGAGCUGAUGUGCAUCGACGGGAUCCCGGUGAAGGGCAAGUCCCACAAGCAGGUCUUGGACCUCAUGACCACGGCUGCUCGCAACGGCCACGUGCUCCUAACUGUCAGGAGGAAGAUCUUCUAUGGAGAGAAACAGCCUGAGGACGACAGCGCCCCAGCCUUCCCCACGACACAGAACGGGUCUCCGCGCCUGAACCGAGUGGACGCCGCGGCCAGGCCUGCGCCCCCGGAGGCCUAUGAGGUUGUCCUGCAGCGGAAGGAGAAUGAAGGGUUCGGCUUCGUCAUCCUCACCUCCAAAACCAAGCCGCCGCCGGGAGUUAUUCCUCAUAAAAUUGGCCGAGUCAUAGAAGGAAGCCCAGCUGACCGCUGUGGGAAGCUGAAGGUGGGAGACCACAUCUCAGCAGUGAAUGGGCAGUCCAUCGUCGACCUGUCCCACGACAGCAUCGUCCAGCUGAUCAAGGACGCCGGCGUCACUGUCACACUGACGGUCAUCGCUGAGGAAGAGCAUCAUGGUCCACCGUCGGGAACAAACUCAGCCAGGCAGAGCCCGGCCCUGCAGCACCGGCCCCUGGGACAGUCACAGGCCAGCCACGCGCCUGGGGACAGUGAGACUUACAGACACUCGUGGGCGGACCACAAGCAACUCCCCCAGCCCGACACGGCCGUGAUCUCCGCUGUGGGCAGUCGACACCACCAGGGCCUGGGCUGCUACCCGGUGGAGCUGGAGCGCGGCCCCCGGGGCUUCGGGUUCAGCCUCCGCGGGGGCAAGGAGUACAACAUGGGGCUCUUCAUCCUGCGCCUGGCCGAGGACGGGCCCGCCCUCAAGGACGGCCGGAUUCACGUCGGGGACCAGAUUGUGGAGAUCAACGGGGAGCCCACCCAAGGCAUCACGCACACGCGCGCCAUCGAGCUCAUCCAGGCCGGUGGGAACAAGGUCCUCCUGCUGCUGAGGCCGGGGACGGGCCUGAUCCCUGACCACGGCGAUUGGGAUACCACUCACCCUCCAUCUCCCCACGUGAUCUACGACGAACAGCCACCAUCGGCCCCACCCUCGCGUUCCGCGUCCGUGUUUGAAGAGCCGCACGUGCCGGUCACUGGAGACUCCACAGCGAGAGCUCAGACGUGGGACCAGGCAGCAGAACUCCAGGACGCGGCGCCUGGGAGGAAAAGCGCUUCCCAUCAGUCUCUCCUCCAGAAAAACGCGAGCAAGAGGGACCCACCUGGCAGCCACGGGCACAGCGACAAGAAGAAUCUCUUAAAAGUGGAAAAUGGUGUCUCCCGGCGGGGUAGGUCCGCUAGCCCUAAAAAGCCCGCCAGUCGCUAUGCAGAGGACCAUCUAGAAACGAUUCCCGGUCCUCUCAAAAGUGACCCCAAAAGACGGGCCCGGGACCGGUCCUCCAGCCCCAGGAGAGGGGAGAGUAAAAGUGGGCCGAGCAGCGCCAGGGCCGGUUCUGGACAAGACCCCGCCAGGAGCAGCAGAGGGCGCUCUUCAAGCCCCAAGAAGCAGCCGAGGGCCGAGGGCAGCAGAGACCCCCCAGGGGGAAAGCGAGCCCCCUUCGGAGACGCGUCCGAGAAGCUGAGGCCAGACCCGGAGGCCGACAGCAGCCGGCGGGCGCCCAUCACGCCGGGGCCCUGGAAGGUGCCCAGUGCCAGCAAGGCCUCGGGCUCGACGGGGGCGGCCGAGAGACGGCUGUGA